GGCCAGGAGGGAGGAGAGGCGAGCGGAAGGAAGAAGUUAUGUGUGGUGAGCCGGCCAGUCCAGGAGACAGCCUCUCCAGUGCCAGCUUGGUUGUCCUGGGGCAGUAGCUGCAGCUGGCAUGGCCGAAUGUACAGAGGUCGCAGAGCUGGUCUACCUGGUCACAGGUGGCUGUGGCUUCCUGGGAGAACACAUUGUGCGGAUGUUACUGGAGCGGGAGCCCCGGCUCCGAGAGCUGCGUGUCUUUGACCUACAUCUGAGUCCCUGGCUGGAGGAGCUGAAGACAGGGCCUGUGCAGGUGACUGCCAUCCAGGGGGAUGUGACCCAGGCUCACGAGGUGGCAGCAGCUGUGUCCGGAGCCCACGUGGUCAUCCACACAGCAGGGCUGGUGGACGUGUUUGGGAGGGUCACCCCUGAGACCAUCUUCAAGGUCAACGUGCAGGGCACGCGGAAUGUGAUUGAGGCUUGUGUGCAGAUGGGGACUCGGUGCCUGGUCUACACAAGCAGCAUGGAGGUCGUGGGGCCUAACAUCAAAGGCCAGCCCUUCUACAGAGGCAACGAGAACACCCCAUAUGAGGCCAUGCACAAGCAUCCCUAUCCUCAGAGCAAGGCCCAAGCUGAGCGGCUGGUCCUGGAGGCCAACGGAAGGAAGGUUCGCGGGGGCCUGCCCCUGGUGACAUGUGCCCUCCGUCCCACGGGCAUCUAUGGUGAAGGCCAUCAGAUCAUGAGGGAUUUCUACCGCCAGGGCCUGCGUCUGGGCGGCUGGCUCUUCAGGGCUGUCCCAGCUUCAGUGGAGCAUGGUCGGGUCUACGUGGGUAAUGUGGCCUGGAUGCAUGUGCUGGUGGCCCGGGAGCUGGAGCAGCGGGCAGUGCUCAUGGGCGGCCAAGUGUACUUCUGCUACGACCAGUCACCUUAUAAGAGCUACGAGGAUUUCAACAUGGAGUUUCUGGGCCCCUGUGGACUGCGGCUAGUGGGCACCCGCCCACUGUUACCUCACUGGCUCCUGGUGUUCCUGGCUGCCCUUAACGCCUUGCUGCAGUGCCUGCUACGGCCGCUGGUGCUCUAUGCACCUCUGCUCAAUCCCUACACACUAGCCGUGGCCAAUACCACCUUCACUGUCAGCACCAACAAGGCUCAGCGCCAUUUUGGCUACGAACCCCUUUUCUCAUGGGAGGAUAGCCGGGCACGUACCAUCCUCUGGGUGCAGGGCUCGGCCCAGUGACAGUGGGGCUGGGGGCUCUGUGCAGGACUGGGUGUCCUGCAUGUGGCCUUCCACACCUGAAGUCCAUAAGGAACCUCCCAAGCUCUACGGCAGAGUCUGGAGACAGGAAGAGCCUCUCAGCCCAGACCCCUCCCCAUCAUCCAUCGCACUGUUUCUGGGCAGCAGGUGGCCUCAGGCUUAGGUUCUCCAGCUCCUCCCUGCACCAUCCUCCCUCCUUAGAGGCUUAUCUUCCCACUAUUUAAAAAAAGGAGUAUCACCUUUACACACUUAUUUUUAAUUCCCCUCCAGAGAGCUGAGGAAGUCAGUGGCCUUCCACCCUAAUUCAGGGCCUGCAGCUGUGUUAGCCCUCUGCCUGAGGAGGCCCCAGGGAUGCUGUUCCUGGCCAACCUCCAGAUUAAA